GCCUUGUUCUCAAACCAUUCACCAGACGAAGCAUUGUAUUCUUCAUCUUCUUCUUCCUCCUCAUAUGUUGCAACUGCUUCACACACAUGGUUCGUAUCUACCGCAACUCAAUCAGCUUCAGGAACAUCAAUCUGAUCACUGUGAUCAAUACAUACAUCAUAGAAACCUACAACCUAAUGGCAUCUACAUAUUGCCUGGUAAGUAUGUGGACCUCAAUGUUCUCCUACAUCUCUUGGCUUCUUGGGUUUAUUAUCAGCUUGAUUCCUUCCUACCUUGGGAUAUUGGUGGCUUUUCUCAACAUUGCGCUUGCAACCAUUCGACUUUUUAUGGUUAUCAAGUUUGAGGCCAUGAUGGAAUAUGAUCCUGAAUCAACCGGGCAAGCAAUACUCCUGGCAUUAAUGGUCAUAAGCCUGGUUCCCUUUACCCUCCCAACUUAUAUUCAAACAAUGCGAGGAUUUGUCUCCCUUCAAGUUUCCUACUACAGUGGGCUCAAGGCAACGGAUGGACCAAACAUACACUCCAUGGUAUUCACUGCAGUGACACUCAUUGCUGGACUCAUGAUGCUUUCUGUAUAUUGCUUCAACAAAAUCUACUUGAAAAACAAGGUUGUCCACAUUGUAGAGAGCACAACAGCCAAGAAUAUUGUUGGAUUCAAGACCCUCAUUGGAAGUGUUUUUACACUUUUUGGAACAAUUUUAUCAUUUCUGUUUGUUCAAAAAGCUUUGGGAGGAUCUGGUCAGGUUGGUUUGCCUUAUGGACCCUUUCUUGGGGCCCUGCUGUUUACAGUUAUGAACUUCUACUUUGCUAUGAAGAAAUAUGUAAGAGACUAUACUGCACUGCAGAUUCAAAAAAAGUGGGAAACGUUCAAGUUCUACUUUUGAGUCAACAUCUCAGGAUAAGAAGUACUCUUGACACUCACAGAGAAGGGAGAUAGUUUUCACUUUUGUGAAAAAACAAACUGAUGUAGAAAAAACAAAAAGCAAACUUUUUUUCCAAAUGAUCUUUUUUGAAAAGUAGCCUUGUUUAAAUUAAGAAACAAAACAGUCGUUUUUUAUUUCAGUUUGUUAUUUGGUUCACAAAGGUAGGUCCUUA